CAGGAUGUAAAUAAAUCAUAGAUCAAUUAUUUUCCAAAAUUUAAAAAAUCUUAAAGUUUAAAAAUAUAACAAAAGUGAAAUUAUUAAGAACUAUUUGAGAAAAAAUUAAAAUUAAAAUGAUAUGAUAAAUUUGGCAAUCUUACUUGCUUAUUGCAGAAUAAUUGUUGAGUGAUGUGCUGAAAGUAUUGCAAAGUAAUUGUUGAGUGAUGUACAUGGGUUAGGUUUUACAAAAACAUAACCAUGUACUUAAUUUUUAGCCAUACAAUGCACAACAUAACAUCAAUUUUGUGUUCAUUGAAAAACGUAAAUAAGACGUUUCCUUUAACUUUUAGUCCAAAAAUAUACAAUAAACAUUACAAUUAUUUUAGUCAGUUACGUACAAUAUCGCAAAAUGCAUGGAAGGUUUUAUUUUUUGGUACAGAUGAAUUUGCUGUCGAAAGUUUAAAAAUCUUGUAUAAUAAACAUAAAUUUAAAGAACUGCAGCGACUAGAAAUUGUUACUGUUAAUCAAAAAAGAGAUAAUCCUGUUACAAAAUAUGCAAAACAAAAUGAAAUUAUUGUAAAUAAAUGGCCAAUUGAAGUUAAUAAAUCAGAGUUUCACAUUGGAGUAGUUGUUUCAUUUGGUCACUUAAUUCCAUCCAAAAUCAUAAAUGCAUUUCCAUUAGGUAUGAUAAAUGUACAUGGUAGUUUAUUACCCAGAUGGAGAGGAGCAGCUCCAAUAAUUCAUACAUUAAUAAAUGGAGAUUCACAAACUGGAGUCACGAUAAUGAAAAUAAUGCCAAAAAAAUUUGAUGUAGGAGAAAUAAUAUUGCAAAAGCAAAUAAAUAUUGAUGAACAUGAAACUAUGCCAGAUUUAUAUACAAAAUUAGCAAAACUUGGUGCAAAUCUUUUAGAAGAAUUAUUUGGAAAUUUAUUAGAAUUAUUGCAAUCUGCAAGACCUCAAAAUGAAGAAAAUGUAACAUAUGCACCGAAAGUAACAUCAAAUAUAUCUUUAGUUAAUUGGAAUGAAAUGUCUGCAACAAAUGUUUAUAACUUGCAUCGUGCUCUUUUCGGUUUAUAUGCCUUAACUACUUCAUAUCAAAAUGUAAAAGUAAAAUUAUUUGAUAUUCAGAAAAUUAAAUCAGAAUCAAUAGUAACACAAUUUGAAGGAGAAAAACCAGAUUCUGUCCCGUCUGCUGGAGCUACCAUAUAUUCAGGUGAACCUUCUCUCGUUAUUGUCAGAUUAUUAAUUGGUUGUUGAUUAUAUACUGACUCGUUUGAUUGAAUGGGAGUAGAAGACGGAGGUUGUGGUCCAACUGGUUUUAUAGUUAC